AUGCGGGGGCUGGUUUAUAAACGAGGUGAUGUGGUGUCUAAGCCCCGAGUCCAGAGUGCUGGAGGCAGCAAAGGCCCUACUUCAGAUGGCCCCAUUGUGGUAGAUGGUUCGACGGAGAUAGGCCACGAGCCCACAAGCGAGUCUGCAGGUGGACAGAUUUCUCCGCCAAUGCUGCCUGCCCGCGAGACGCCCACCGAUCAAGGUGACGGGCUAGACGGGAUGGCGGAUUAUGGUGGAGUCUCAUUGACUCCUGGAGAAAUUCCAGGUCAGCUUCCCACCAGCUUCAAUUACCGUUCCGUGUUCUCCCGCUGA